AUGACUAAGCCUCGUCCGUGUGGUUGCAAGGGCUGUCGAACAUGUUUGAUUUGCGAAACACAAUAUGGAGCCGACAAUUUUAAGUUAACAUUGGAAUUAGACAAAAAUAAAAGUUAUGUUUACUGCCCAUUGUGCAAUAAAGCUUGGCAAGGUUGGGAUGUAGACUCGUACAAGGAACAUCCUAAUCACUCGGGAAAUGCUUUAGACUAUCCAGGAGUAUACAUCCAGUUGGAUUUUCUAUCUGAAAAUGAGGAAACAGAACUGAUGAAGAAUAUUGAUGAUAUGCCUUGGGAUACGUCACAAAGUGGCAGAAGGAAGCAAAACUUUGGUCCAAAGACUAAUUUUAAAAAGAAAAAAAUUGUCCUUGGACAAUUUAAUGGAUUUCCCGAAUUCUCUGAAUAUUUACAGAAGAGAUUUGAAACAGUUGAUUGUUUGAAAAAUUAUGAAGUUAUAGAACAAUGUUCUUUAGAAUAUGAUCCAAGUAAAGGAGCGUCGAUUGACCCUCACAUAGAUGAUUGUUGGAUUUGGGGUGAAAGAAUAGUCACAGUUAAUUGUUUAAGUGAUUCUGUUCUUACAAUGAUGCCCUACAAGGGUGAUGUAAAAAAAUAUAAUUUAGAGAGUGCUGAGGAAUUUAAAGCGAUUGUUAGUAAAGAUGGAGAGUUUAUUAUGAACAGUGAUCGAGAUGGACUUUCCGCAUUUCAAGCGAGUAGACCACUUAUCGAUAAAGACGAGAUAGUUAGAAUACCAAUGCCGAGGAGGUCAUUAUUAGUACUUUAUGGAGAGGCCCGUUACCACUGGGAGCAUUGUGUCCUCCGUGAAGACAUCUUAUCACGAAGAGUGUGCAUAGCUUACAGAGAGUUCACACCCCCUUUUUUACCUAAUGGCAAGCAUCAAGAAAUUGGUGAUAUCAUUAGGAGUGAGGCUAAAAUAUUUUGGAACCAUAAGGAAAGGCUUCGGAAAGUAGAAUGUUAA